UAGUUCUUUGUGAUAGUAGUCCAGUCAGCAGAAACGUAUGCACCUGCCAAACAGACCCACAUAUCCACUUGAGAGGAGAGAGAGGAGAGAGAGAAGAGAGAGAGAGAGAGAGAGAGAGAGAGAGAGAGAGAGAGAGAAAUGGCGCCUCGAUGCUGCGCUCACUGAGGCAGUGUUUGGAGCCGGCUAGGGAGAUUCAGUAAGGGCAGACAAAAGGAAAACAAACAUGGUGAACACAAGGAAAAGCUCACGGCCGGGGAGCGGCCACUUCAUCUCCUCCAGGACUAGGUCGUCGUCGAGAAACGAGCGAAACUCUGAGGAACAUAAGGAGCCCAGUAGUGAUGUGAGCAGUCCCAGCAGCCCACGGUUGGCUCCCCCUUUGAAGCGGACGCGCCGGCAGACUGCCUCUGAGCCCAGCUCCAGUGAUACCUCCCCAUCCCCUCAGACUAAGGGCCAGAGGGUCAGCUGGGACAUUCCCACCUACCGUACCAGGUUAUCCUCCCGCAUAAUGCAAAAUGGACACGCCCAUAUGAGCCACCGGAAUGAGGAGAGCAAAGGGGGAGAUCACUCUCACAUGAACGGCCAUGUGGAGCUGAAGAGGAGCUGCCGGGUGAAGAAGAGCCAAUUUGAACACCUCAAUCAGAGCCUGCUGUUUGACCAGCUGGUCAACAGCACUGCUGAGGCUGUUCUUCAAGAGAUGGACAACAUCAGCAGCAUCAGGCAGAACCGUGAGGUGGAGCGGCUUCGCAUGUGGACUGGAGACACUGAGGAGGAAAACAUGGACAUGUAUUCCCGGGUGAAGAGAAGGAAAUCCAUGCGCAGGAGCACUUUCAGCAUGCCUACACACCACAAAGUCAUGAGCAAAACUGAGGAGGAGGAGGAGGAAGAAGAGGAAGGGACGGAAGAUUCUCACGGCGAGGAAGAGGAGGAUGCAGAAGAUGAUGAUGAAGACGAUGAAGGGGAUGAAGUAGAAGAGGCAGGAGAAGAGAACGACAGACCGUACAACCUGAGGCAGCGAAAGACGGUGCAGAGAUAUGAGGCACCACCUAUUGAGCCUGUGAACAGAAAACAGAGCAACCCCUCAAUUUUUGACACCCACAGAUCCCCAGCAAGAAGAAGCCAUAUAAGAGUGAAGAAACAUGCCAUUCACAGCAGUGACACCACCUCGUCUUCUGAUGAAGAGCGGUUUGAACGGAGAAAAAGCAAGAGCAUGACCCGGGCGAGGAACAGAUGUUUGCCUAUGAACUUGACUGCAGAAGACCUGGCAAGUGGCGUGCUACGUGAUCGGGUAAAAGUGGGCGCUAGCUUGGCUGACGUGGAUCCCAUGAACCUUGAUAGCUCAGUUAGAUUUGACAGUGUGGGUGGCCUCAGUAAUCACAUUCAGUCUCUAAAGGAGAUGGUAGUGUUCCCACUGCUUUACCCCGAGAUCUUUGAGAAGUUUAAGAUUCAGCCUCCCAGGGGGUGUUUGUUCUAUGGCCCUCCGGGGACAGGAAAGACUCUGGUAGCACGGGCACUUGCCAAUGAGUGUAGCCACGGAGACAGGAAGGUGUCCUUCUUCAUGAGGAAAGGAGCCGACUGCCUCAGCAAGUGGGUCGGUGAAUCAGAACGCCAGCUACGCCUGCUCUUUGACCAGGCGUACCUGAUGAGGCCAUCCAUUAUUUUCUUUGAUGAGAUUGAUGGUUUGGCUCCUGUUCGCUCCAGCAGACAAGACCAGAUACACAGUUCUAUUGUGUCCACUCUGCUGGCCUUGAUGGACGGCUUGGACAGUCGUGGGGAGAUAGUGGUCAUCGGUGCUACAAACAGACUUGACUCUAUCGACCCGGCACUCAGGAGGCCUGGACGCUUUGACCGGGAGUUUCUGUUCAACCUGCCCGACAAGAAGGCCAGAAAGCACAUCUUGGAGAUACACACACGGGACUGGAAUCCCAAAUUGGCUGAGCCAUUUGUAGAUGAACUUGCAGAAAAAUGUGUCGGCUACUGCGGUGCUGACAUCAAAGCACUUUGCACAGAGGCAGCUUUGGUCGCUUUGCGCCGCCGCUACCCUCAGAUUUAUGGCAGCAGUGUCAAGCUGAAGCUGGAUGUCACCUCCAUUGUCCUGGGGCCUGGCGACUUCAGCAAGGCCAUGAGGACAAUCGUCCCAGCCUCCCAGAGGGCUCUGGCUCCCCCAGGCAGAGCCCUGUCCCCCACCCUCAGGCCCCUGCUGGCCAGCUCUUUCUCCUUGGUGCUGAAUGCUCUGCUCAGAGUCUUCCCCCACGCUCAGUGUACUGACAGGGACAACACACACGGCGGUGACAAUCAACUGCUCGAAGAGGACUUGUACAGCGACGAUGACAAUGAGGAAGGCUCUUCUUCCAUCUAUGAAGUUCAGCCUGCUGCAUCCCCAAAGAGUCAGCUCUCCUCUUCUGCAAUGCACAGACCCUUCCUCCAUUUCUCCUCCUCUGCUCUCCAACAGCCCACAGCAUACCGGCCUCGUCUGCUCCUGGCCGGGGCCUCGGGCUCAGGACAGAGCUCCCACUUGGCCCCUGCCUUGCUGCACCACCUGGACAAGCUGCCAGUGCACCGCCUGGAUUUGCCCACUCUGUACUCCGUCAGUGCUAAGACGCCAGAGGAGUCCUGUGCUCAGGUUUUCCGUGAGGCACGCCGGAGCGUGCCCAGUGUGGUGUUCAUGCCGCAUGUCUCAGAGUGGUGGGAGACAGUUAGUGACACUGUGAAGAGCACCUUCCUCACCUUGCUGCAGGAUGUGCCCUCCUUCAGCCCUGUCCUUAUUCUUGCUACUGCCGAGACUCACUAUUCACAGCUAUCAGACGAGGUGAGAAGUAUGUUCCAGAGGACCUAUGGGGAGGUAGUGACGUUGUGCCCUCCAGGAGAAGAGAACAGGAGGAACUUUUUCUCUGACCUGCUGCUCACCCAAGCAGCCAGGGCUCCACCACGCCUCAGGAACACAGAGAGGUGUAAAGAGAUACUGCCGGUGGCAGAUGCUCCAGGCCCCAGAGUGUUGUCAACAGAAGAACAGCGCCGCUUGGCUGAACAGGAGGAGAACACACUACGGGAGCUCAGGCUCUUUCUCAGGGACGUGACCAAGCGCCUGGCCACUGAUAAACGUUUUAACAUCUUCAGCAAGCCAGUUGAUAUUGAGGAGGUGUCAGACUACCUGGAGGUUAUUCGGCAGCCUAUGGACCUGUCCACUGUCAUGACCAAGAUUGACACCCUCAAGUACCUGACAGUGAAGGAGUUCCUGGUGGACAUUGACCUCAUCUGCAGUAAUGCUUUAGAAUACAACCCUGACAAAGAUCCUGGAGACAAGGUGAUAAGGCACCGAGCGUGCAGUUUAAAGGACACAGCCCAUGCUAUAUUUGCCUCAGAGCUGGACCCCGAGUUCGACCGCAUGUGUGAAGAAAUCAAGGAGGCACGCAGGAAGAGGGACCUCCAGACGCCAGCUCAGCUGACGCCAGCCGUAGGUGCUGUGGCAACCAGAAAGCACCACACUGCAGGAGAGGAGCAGGCCAGGAGCAGCACGCAAGGAGAGGCCACUUACAAACAGUGCACCACUAAUCAUAUAAAGCGGAAGAUUCGAAGGCGGCCUUCUUGGGGGCGGGGCAUUAUCCGUAAGAAAAAGAACUACAAGAAAGGAACAGAAGAGGAAGAGGAGGAGCCUGAGGCAGAAGCCGAAGCUGCGGGGCCCAGUGACUCAUGUUUGACGCAGGAUGAGGAAUCAUCUUGUGAUACCAUGGGUCCCCAGCCCAAUGGUCAUCAUCCCCAUGCCCCCUCCACAGAGGAAGAGAGCUCCAAUGAGCCCCCUGUUGCAGCUCUUGCUGAACCUCCAGAUGCCAGUGAAGCUCAAGAAGAGCCAACACCUAAGGAGGAGGAGCCCACAGCCAAAGAGGCAGAGUCAGAGAACACCGAGAAACACACUGAGCUGCACUGCCUUACUGACCAAUCUCAGCCCAAGGCGGACGGGGACAGCCAGGACAAGCAGGCUGAAGUCCAGCCUUUGAUUGAAACGUCCGAGUCUUCAGAUGCUGAGGCUCAGCCUAAGCACACAGAGUGUCUCCUAGUAUCACAAGUGGAAUGUGUGAAUGGGAAUGAGUCAAUGGACAGCCUGGACUCACAGAGCCUCAAGAGGAGCAGUGAGGCUGUGAAAAUGACUGAGGGCUCUAAUAAUAAUCCAGAACAGGAAGAGCACAAAGACAAAAAUGAGAGCAAACCAACUCAGGAGCACUCUCCCCAGGAUGGGAGGGCAGUAACAGAAAAUGUUGAGGAAGAUCAAGAUCAAGAAGGGGGUUCCAAAGCCAGGAAAUGCAAGACGAGCCCGUUCGAGCAGCAUAAGGGAUCUGCUGAGAGGACAGAGGAAGAGCCACAACCAGUCCCUCCCCAUCCUCCAGUAGUGGUUGACCACCAGCGACUUUCGGCUCUACUGGAUAUGGUGGUGAAGAAGAGUGAUGGCUACAGCGUGGAGCAGCUGGAGAGACUGUACUCCCUUCUCAGCCAGUGUAUCUACCAGCACCGCAGAGAGUACGACAAGACCCAGCUACUAGAGGAGAUGGAGGAGAGGAUCCAGCAUUUUGAUACAUUCCUGUGAAAUGGAGAGAAUACCUAUCAGGUAGAUCCUGAACAGCCUGGGACCACAAAGACACAUACAAACUGAGUAAGAGAGAGCAAUGGAGCUUCUGAGUCCAGCCCUCAUCAUUGAAAACACACACAGAGAGAAAAUUUGGUGCCCCUCUUCCCGCAGGGGAGGGAAUGCGACGAGGGCGAGGACAGAGACAUUUAAUGGUGCUAUCGUCUCAGGAACCUGGCCAGAUCCAGACCCAUUCUACACAACCAAACCCCUGGAGGUGUGUCAGUCACACACGCGCGCACACACCAACAGUGACGGGCAACCCUGGUGCUACUCGGGUGCUAUCCUAAACUUUUAUCCAUGCUGCUCUUGGGAUUACUUCUUAACUUGGAUGACUAGCAAAACCAAUAGAUCGGGUGAUGUCAUAUCGCAGCCUGGCUGCUUCUCUCAGAAGCAGGCCACGCACGCACACACACACACACACACACACACACACACACACACUGACACUUAGGUAUGCGUGCAUUUCUACAAAAACACACACACACACCCACACACUCACUCAGAUCCUCACCAGCAGAAGUGUGAAUGCAGAGUGCCGCUAGGAGAUGAGGACAGAUAAUGUUCUGAAUCACUGAACUACAUUGCUGAGCCCAUCUUGCCCUCGAGUGGAACGCUUCGUCAUUGGCCAGUUGUCACCAUGAUAUUAUGCGGCUCGGUUUUUUUUUCUUUCUUUUUUUUUUUUUUUUUUGCUAUUUUACCUACUUGAUUAGUUUAAUAUCUGAGCCACCGUCAAGGACACUCACCCCCAGACAAUAGUUUACAAAGAAGUUCUAGUUGGAUUACAAACUAGUUGAGGUCAGCACAUCAGAACUAGAACCCAUUAUGUCCUCUUCAUCACAGCGGUCAUGGUGUGAAAAUGCCCGCGCAGUGCUCGUCUCAGAGUUACUGAGGAACAAGCAUAGCGCCACCUGUAUGUCAACUAUACAUCCACCUCACUGGGAACAUUCACUCAUUCGCAGUCUUGUUAUGUCCUGAAUAGUUUUGUGGUAGCUGAGCCCCCCUCCCUCACUGCAUUCACAGCCUGAAUGUUUUCCCUCCUUGCUCAAGCUGUGCCCGUCAGUUGAUUUUCCUACCGACACCCCCGGCCGAGGAACUGGAAGCAGUACAAAUUGGAAUGCGUCUAGAGUUUGCACUGCCUAGUGUGUGCCUUAUUUGAAAACCUCAUACGAAACUCUGAUAUAUUGAGCAGGAUUUUUUUAUUUACUUCUCGUGACAAUGAACAGGCUCCCAUGUUGGGGUGGGUCCUAACCACUGAGGUCCCAGUGACCUUGAAGCAAAAAAAAAAA